GACAAAGUUACAUGAGGAAAACCUGUUUCACAUCAGUUCAUCUUAUGUUUUUCAUCGUUGUUAGAUAACACAACGAUGGAAUUCACUGAAAAGUGUUGUUGCUUGUUUGUCACUAUAGUCAAAUGGCUCUGUAUGUAAACGGUCAGUAGUAAUCGAUUUUCCUGCUAAAUUAAAAAUAAACCUAUCUACAGUUGGAUAAAACAUAUAAAUAGACAUAUUUCAGAAUUCAUCAACCGAAUUCGCUGUUGUACUGGGACGAGAAUCCAGAGCUAAGUAAUUAAGAGGACUUAUGUAAAUAUUUGAUUUAUUUUAUCGUUUCUUUCAACUUUCAAUUGUAAAUCAGUAAGUACAUAGAGCUACUUUGAGCGAUCAAUAAAAUGACAUAGCAUAGUACUAGCUCGACGUUCAAUCGGUAGACUCUAUACAAAAAUUGCACAAUGACUUCUUGAAGACAUUCUUGUGUUGUUAAAGUGUCCAGCGAAAUGGAAAUCCAAAUGGAAGAAGAUGUCAAGGACUGCUGUCCCGCAAGGAGGACACUAUGGUACAUGGUGUUCUUCGGCUUCAUGAUUAAUUAUAAUCUUCGUUUGAACCUGAACAUGGCCAUUGUAUCAAUGGUGGAAAAUAGACCAAAGAAUAAUUAUUCACUAACGAGUGAAUGCAUUGUGACUGAACCUUUAUUGAAUGCAUCCACUUUGGACUUUCAUUCAACUAAUUGGACUGAAACGUUGUAUAACAAUAAAUCCAAAUUACUGGAUUAUUCUAGUCAUGUGACCCCUAAAGUUCCCACAAUGUCUCCGACUUAUCCUUGGAAUCCAAAGGAGCAGGGAAUAUUGCUAGGUGCUUUCUUCUGGUUACACUGGUUGACUCAGAUACCUGGAGGUAUCUUAGCCUCUAAAUAUGGAACAAAGUUGGUGUUUGGUCUAUCGAAUUUUAUAGGAGUAAUGAUGGCACUUUUUAUACCCUUUGCGGCUUCCUUCGGUUAUCGUUACCUUUUAUUCUUGAGGGUGGUUCAAGGAAUACUGACGGGAUUUGCUUGGCCUUCAAUGCACAAUAUGACAGCGAAAUGGAUACCGCCAAACCAGAGAAGCAAAUUUAUAACAGCUUAUUUAGGUAGUUCAGUUGGAGCAGGACUAACCUAUAUAUUAUGUGGGUUCCUCAUGGACUCAUUCGGUUGGGAGGCUGUGUUUUAUUUUACUGGUACAGUCGGAACGAUCUGGUAUGCAGCUUGGUUGUUUCUGGUUUAUGAUAGCCCAGCUGAUCAUCCUAGAAUAUCAGCAGCCGAAAGAAAAUACAUCGAAGAUAGUUUGGGAAAGACUGUUACUAAAAACACAGCUCCAAUCCCUUGGCGCUCCAUCCUCACUUCAGUGCCAGUCUGGAUGAACUGUCUGGGUCACGUGGGAGGCCUGUGGGGUUUGUUUAUGCUUCUGUCGAACGCUCCGAUCUACUUCAGAUUCAUCCAUGGAUGGAAGCUCACAUCUACUGGAAUUCUUUCUGGAGUACCUCAGUUUUUCAGGAUGCUGUCUUCAAUGGUAAUUUCACGUGUUGGUGAUUAUAUCUUGAAGAAUAACUUGAUGAGUAGGACAAAUGUGAGAAAAUUAGCAACAGCAAUUUCAACUGUUGGCCAAGGUUUCUGCAUGCUCGCCAUAGCGUAUUCAGGUUGCAACAGUAUGAUUGCGUUUAUUUUCGUAGGAGCCUCUGCUGCAUGCCAUGGCGCUGUCUCAACAGGAGUGCUGGCCAGCAUAGUCGACAAUAGUCCCAAUUUUGCCAGUAUUGUAUUAGGGAUGGCCAACUCGUUAGUGUGUUUCAAUGGUUUUGCCACCCCUGCCCUAGUUGGAUACUUCACAAAUGAUAAUCAAACCAUUCAUCAGUGGCAGAAAAUCUACCUCAUAUCGGCUUCGAUACUCAUGGUUACUGGAGUACUGUAUUCAAUUUUUUCGUCAUCUAAGUUGAUGCCCUGGAAUGACGCCUACAGUAACGAACUAAAGGAAGCCGUCGAGCUACGAUUUGUUGAAAAUUCGAAAAAGCAAACAUCUAACAGAAAUGAAGAAGAAGAAGAAGAAAUGUUACCGAGUAAUAAUAAAGAGCAUAGUGAAAAGACAUGAUUUUUCAUGAGUUGACUAUUUGUGAUUAUGAAUUUUCACAUUGAAAUAUCAGUUAAACUUUAAAUUCAGAUUUUAUUUGAAGAUAAUGCAUUUUAAAAUGACUACACGAUGAAUAUUUGUUGUUAAAUCAGGAUAAGAAUUGAUUCUUUUUAAAGAAUCUAAUGAGAAAUAUACUUCAAGUAUACUUUACAUUUGUACAAAUUAUUUAUAACUGUACUUUUGUCUAAUAAAUCAUUCGAAAAUA